AUGCCCGAAAACCGCGCGGCGUUCAUCACUUCUGCUCGCCAAAGACCACUCGAAAUACGCUCACUACCCUACACUUCCCCGGAAGCAAAUCAGAUCGUGAUCAGAAACCGUGCAAUUGGCAUUAACCACAUUGACUGGAAGAUCCAGGAACAUGAGUUUGCCCCAUUCCGCUACCCCGGUGUCUUGGGACACGAGUCCGCCGGCGACGUAGUUGAGGUGGGCAGCAACGUUUCUCGCUUCCAGGUGGGAGACCGGGUCCUGGCCGAGGGAACUUGCAUGGCCACACAGAAAGAUGCAGAUGGGUCAUUUCAGCUGUAUACUGCUGUCCCUGAGCACGUCGCUAGCCCCAUUCCGGACACGUUAUCGUACGAAAAUGCAACUGUACUGCCACUCGGUGUGUCGACUUCAAUUAUGGGACUAUAUGCUCCGGACACUCUUGAAUUAGAUUAUCCCUCCCUUGACCCAAAGCCUCAAGGACAGUCCAUACUUGUUUGGGGCGGUUCUUCAUCUGUGGGGAGCAAUGUUAUUCAGCUAGCUGUCCAUGCUGGCUAUGAAGUCAUUGCAACUGCUUCAAAACACAAUUUUGACCACGUGCGGAAACUUGGUGCUACAGCAGUGCUCGAUUACCACGAACCAACUAUAGUCGAUGAUCUCGUCACUGCACUCAACGGAAAGACACUAAAAGGCGCAUUUGACGCCGUCGGAUUACCUGAGACUACAGUGCCUCUGGCUAAAGUCCUUCUACAAACAACAGAAGGAACGAAAAAGCUGGUUUCCGUUCUCGGUCCGCCGGCUGAUUUACCUGAAGGAAUAUCUUUCAAGAUGGCGUGGGCAAUAGUAAGCCCGCCCGAGCUUGGCUUGGCCAUAUACCAAAAUUUCCUGCCCGAUGCGUUGGCGAAAGGGGUAUACGUUUCAUUCCCUAAGCCUGAUGUAGUCGGUAAAGGGUUGGAACACAUCCAGAAUGGAAUGGACGUUCUCAGCAAAGGCAUCUCUGCCAAAAAGAUAGUUGUGUCUCUGUAG